AUGGUGGGCUGUGACCUGCUGUGGCUGGCUGUGGCCUCCUGCAUUCUGGUGCUGGCCUCUUCAUCUACAACAACACAGCAAGAUUAUGGAGGCCCCAGGAACAGUGGCUCUGAUGGGCUGGACUGUGGAGCAUCUGGUUCCUGCUUUGACCCUUGUCAGAAUUACAUCACCCUGGAUGACCCGUCCAGAAGCACAGAGUACACGGAGGUCUCAGAUGCGUGUGAUGACAAUCUGCAGGGCUGGUACCGCUUUGUGGGUGAAGGAGGAGUGAGGAUGCCAGAGGCCUGUGUGGAAGUAUUCCGGUGCCAUACCUUUGCUCCCAUGUGGCUGAAUGGAGCUCACCCCAACCUGGAAGAUGGCAUUGUCAGCCACACUGCCUGUGCCAACUGGAAUGAAAACUGUUGCUUCUGGAGUUCUGAGGUCAAGGUGAAGGCCUGCUCAGAAGAAUCAGGAAUCUUUCAUGUAUACAAGUUCCAGGGCACCCCUGAAUGCAGUCUGAGAUACUGCACAGGACCCACCCUUGAACCCACCGAGUGUGAUAUCACUUGCCGUCCCGAGGAGAAAUGUGUUCUACUCCAAGAUGGCUCCUGGACCUGUGUCUGUAAUCCAGACCUCAGUGUUUCUGAUCCUCAGAGUUUGCAGCCUGAGCUGGACUGUGGACCUAGUGAGAUCAAGGUGAAGCUGGACAAGUGCUUGCUGGGAGGUCUGGGUUUCAAGGAGGAGAUCAUUACCUUCCUGAAUGACCGGAACUGCAGUGGAAUCAUGCAGAAUGAGCCCAACAACUGGGUGUCCGCCACCAGCCCCGUUGGGGCUAAUGCCUGUGGGAACAUUCUGGAAAACAAUGGGACCCAUGCCAUCUACAGAAACAACCUCUCCUUGGCCACUGAUUUUAUCAUCAGGGACUUCCUCGUCAAUGUCAACUUCCAGUGUGCCUACCCACUGGACAUGAAGAUCAGCCUCCAAACUGCACUUCGGCCCGUUGUAAGUUCCCUGAAUAUUGAUGUGGGCGGGGCAGGAGAGUUCACUGUCAGGAUGGCCCUCUUCCGAGACCAGAGCUACACACAACCGUAUGAAGAGGCCCAAGUGGAGCUUCAGGUGGAGUCUAUGCUCUAUGUGGGUGCCAUCUUGGACAGAGGAGAUGACUCCAGGUUCAAGCUGUUGCUGAGGAACUGCUAUGCCACACCCACAAAAGAUAAGAAUGACCCCGUGAAGUACUUCAUCAUCAGAGACAGCUGCCCAAAUCAACAAGAUUCCACUAUCAACGUGGAGGAGAAUGGGGUGUCCUCAGAAAGUCGGUUCUCAGUACAGAUGUUCAUGUUUGCUGGAAAUUACGACCUAGUUUUCCUGCAUUGUGAGGUGAACCUAUGUGACUCCACUAACGAAGAGUGUAAACCAUCUUGCUCUACAAGUCGGCUCCGCAGCAGUGGACCAGGCAUCAACUUGGCCCAGGUUCUGGACUUAGGACCCAUCAGUAGGAAAAGUGCUCAGACUCUCGAGACCUCAAGUGGGACUCCCGGCACUGCAGGGUUCCUGAUGGCCUGGCCCGUGCUCUUCCUGCCUGUCUUCCUGCCUUGGCUGUUCUGA